AUGUCCGCAGAUAUUGUUUACAUGGUUCUGGUCGGCGCAGGCGGAAUCUUGACCAUGGUAGUGGCGACCUACGUCUUGGCCGUCGCAGCCGAUCGGAUUUGCUCCAGUCCCUACUCGACCACACGAAUCUUUAGCCCCAUUAGUAACGCCGCUGGAAUUUGGGGAAUGAGUCCUGAAGACCGUGAAAAGGUGCUGGAGAAGCUCUUUUCCAACAAAAAGAGAAUCAAGACGUUUGACAAGACCAUGGUGGCAGCCAACAACAACAAGCCUCAAGGAGAAGGAAUUGAAAUGGUGGAAAUCAAAAAGUCAUCUGCAUCCAAGAAAGAGGAGGAUGUGGAAAUUGGAAUGAAUGGCACUCCCAUGAAGGAUGCAACGGGAAAGUCCGGAAACGGUGAGAUGGAAAUUGAAGCCAAAGAUGACGACGAAACUAACAGCGACGGCGAAGCGCAGGUGGAGAAGUCCAUUGCCAUGGCGCAUGACCUUCCCGCCGAGAGAUUGGACCACACUUGCUCCAUUUGUCUCGUUGAGUAUGAACACGGCGACAUUUUGAUGAAUGGCACAGCCUGCUCACAUUUGUAUCAUAAGGAAUGUAUCAUGGCAUGGAUGAUGAAGGGCCAUGACCAUUGCCCCUUCUGCCGCGAGCUCAUGAUGACUCCUCAGGAUCUCAGGACAGCAGCUCUAGAGGUCCUGGGGCCUCAAAAAGUUCAACAACUCUCGAGAUCGAACGAACCAGUGCGGUGGCAACAGCUUCCGGCUGACCCUGGUACCACAGCAUCUGCUUCGGCCGCCUCCAGCACUGUCGCAGCUGUGGCCGUUUCCAACGACAAUGAUGUAGAAGCCGCAAUGGCUUCUACACCGUCGAGGGACGCGGUUGUCAAGCCACAAGCCGAAGACGAGGCCCCAACCUCAUCAUUGGAGGGCACACCAUACGAAGGCAUGGGUACCGGACCAGAUGCCAAACCAGCGGCCAAGCAAUCACCGCCACCAAAUGACGGUGAUGCUGACAAGGUAGAGUUGCAAGCUCAAGCCGAACCGGAAACGACAACAACCACUGAACAAAGCAAAGAAUCAACAGACUCAGCAGAUCCUAUAUCCGAAACAACGAAGGAACAGACCACCCCUGAAGCAACAAAUCGCAAUGACGACAACAUGAGCACAGAGGAGAUCGCGGGUGACGCCGAAACGGUUGACGAAGACCCAAAUUCGCAAAAGGCAUGA